AUGGUGAGUUCACUUCUGCGCUCCAUCGGUGCGGUUCUCGGUUGCUGCUUCUUUAAGCAGCGGAGGCCUCUGGCCUUUGGGGAAAUGUCCUUUGUGGUUUUCAUCCUGACCUCGGCCGUCUCGGUGGCUUCUCUGCCCGGCGACACGGACAAGGGAAGGAGGAAGGUGGUGCACGUGCUCGAGGACGACACCGGAGCGGUGAUUGUGCAGACGGCUCCCGGCAAAGUGGUGACGCACCGGGGCGGCUCCAUCACUCUGCCCUGCCGGUUCCACCACGAGCCGGAGAACACCGACCCGGAUCGCAUUCGGAUCAAAUGGACCAAAGUCACCGAUGCGCUGCAGUUUGAGGACGUCUUCGUGGCACUCGGAAGGCAGCAGCGCGUGUUUGGCUCGUAUAAAGGUCGCGUGUCUUUGGAGCAGGCGGGACCGGGAGACGCCUCGGUGGUCAUCCAGAACGUCACGCUGGAGGACUACGGGCGCUUCGAGUGCGAAGUCACGGACGACAUGGAGGACGACGCGGGGUUCGUCAACCUCGACCUGGAAGGAGUGGUGUUCCCCUACUACCCCCGGGAGGGGCGCUACAAGCUCAACUACCAUCAGGGGGAGGACGCCUGCAAACGGCAGGAUGCCAUUCUGGCCUCUCACGCUCAACUGCACAAGGCCUGGCUGGAGGGACUGGACUGGUGCAACGCUGGCUGGCUGGAGGACGGCUCAGUCCAGUACCCUAUCGCUCAUCCCAGAGACCAGUGCGGCCGCAAGGACAACCCCGCCGGCGUCCGUAACUAUGGCUACAGGCACAAGGAGGAUGAGCGCUACGACGCCUUCUGCUUCACGUCCAAGCCCAACGGCCGAGUCUACUUCCUCAAACGCUUCAAGAAGGUGAACCACGCCGAGGCCUCGAAGGCCUGCCUUCGAGACGGCUCGGCGGUGGCCAAAGUGGGUCAGCUGUACGCCGCGUGGAAGUUCCAGCUCCUGGACCGCUGCGAGGCCGGCGGCUGCAGGACCGGCAGCAUCCGUUACCCCGUCGUCAACCCCCGCUCUCGCUGCGGGGGAUCCCAGCCGGGCGUCCGGCACCUGGGCUUCCCUGAUAAGAAAUUCCGCCUCUACGGCGUCUACUGUUUCCGCGGGAACGAGGACGAAACGGCGGGCGCCGCCGGAACGACGAAAAAUCCCGCGGGUAUUCCGACAGGGAGGAAGGGCGGCAACGGCCUCCCUGUGAACGAUACCGCGGUGAUUUAA